CCUCAUUUUGCCAUGUUCUUAGCCGCCACUCAUUAUUCAAUCCCAACGGCUUUGACGCGCGGUUGCCAUUCACUUUCCUUUGACGAGUAAACAAACACCCCGAAGCCAAGGCCAAAGAAAGUCCUUUUGAAAUAUGCCUGAUAUGCAGCGUGUCAAUGGCAUCUUCGAAAAAAGCUGCUGAAGGCGGGACACCUCAAUUGCUCUUCACAGCACCUUCUUUCGGCCCCAGACGUCAGACGACCGCUGUAAAUGCCCAGGACAAGGGAUCUGGACUGUAUCGCCGGCGAAAAUCUCACGGGAGUCAUCAUGAUGGGUCGGGUUCUGGCUCUGGCUCUGGCAAGCAUGGAAAGCAUAUCCGAUUUCCAGCACCGUCAGGUGAUCCAAGAUCAUCCGCGUCAAGUAUCUAUAUGGGCUCCUACACCCCAAGGAAAUCCAGAGGAUCGUUGAGAAGUCCAGCAGGCUCUGUCCCGGCUACUCCCCGGACGAGCAUGAGCCAUAGUCGUUUAGAAAGUCUGCUGCACGAUCUAGACCUGGAUCUUGAGACGUAUGGAGUGGAAGAGACUCGAGACGGCUUUUUCGAUGCAGCAUUUUUCAAGCCUCCCAAAGUCAAUCACGAGGAUUUGAUGAGAGAUGCCGAAUAUACGCUCCCUGCAGCAUUCAAAAAUACCAAUCCUCAGUCUCCGAAGGCUUUCUUACCUGGCCAAUGGCACGAGAUCAAGGAUGUGAUCACAGCUGUGACCACCUCUAGAGCUGGUAUCAAGUUGAUUAAGUCCUUUCUGGCAUUUUUCAUUGCGUACAUAUUGUGUCUAGUACCAGUCAUAAGGGAGUGGCUGGGACGAUACAGUUACAUCAUGGUCAUUUCUGUCAUCAUCAAUCAUCCUGGUCGAUCCAUAGGAGCGCAAGUUGACGGUGCAGUACUCACAAUCCUCGGUUCGGCCACCGGCCUUGGAUGGGGCGCUUUUGCACUCUGGCUCUCUUCGUCUACCUCCGUUGCUCGACGUGGCUUCGGAGGCAUCUUAGCUGCUUUCCUUGUUGUUUUUAUGGGCGCAAUUGCAGCACUCAGAUGUUAUUUGGUGAGAUUCUAUCAGCUUGUCAUCUGCGCGGGCAUUGCGAUUAGCUAUACAUGCUUGGCGGAUACGGCUGCAGAAGUGAAUUGGAAGAAGCUUUUCGACUAUGGAAUCCCAUGGCUACUUGGACAAGCGUUGUGUAUGCUGAUUUGCUGCACCAUAUUCCCCGAUGCUGGAGCUCGAUCACUGGCAGUUUCGCUUCACGAUGCUUUUGGAGUCAUGCAUGAUGGGCUUAACAUUCCUCAGCCGGAUCAUCUCACGCUACACCGACAGUUAGCAUGGACGUUUGUAAACCUUUCGCAAGCUCACAGAGAUCUAGUAUUAGAUAUUUCAAUCACCCGUUUCCAACCGUCAGAUGUCGCAUCGUUACGGAAUCUUAUGCAGGGUGUUAUUAGAUCACUGCUCUCGCUCAAAACGGAGACUCAACUGUUUGAUAACUUCGAUUCUCCCAGAACAGACUUUCCAGCCGAGGAGCGUCGAGGUCGAUCUUCCAAGUCAAAGGUUGGAGGAACAGACGUGAAUGUUCCCGACAAUGAAGUAGCAAGUGGGAGAGGUGCAGAUGAUGUAGUCAUUGACAUCGAUACCCCAAAAAGUUUUCCCGCGAUGUUCCGAACAUCGACUAGCGAGAAAGCAGUCAGACUUGUGGCGAGCAGAUUGGCAGAUCCAACAUCGAAACUACUCUCCUGCAUGAGAACUUCACUAUCACGAUGUGAUGCUGUUCUGAUGGACAUGUCAGGACAUCGAAAGUACUUUGGUCCUGCGAAAGACGUCUCCACUGACAUCUUGGUCUCAAUAACAAAACUUCGCAAGGCUACGAUCAAGUAUGACGACGAAGAAGAGUCUCUAAUGGACAAUCCGGAUCUGCCGCCAACUUACUCCGACCACCCCGAGGUCGUAGAACUGUUUCUCUUUGUGCAUCCUAUACGACAGGCUGCACGGACAGUGGAAGCAUUGCUUGUGAAAGUAAUGGAAAUGCAGCAGAGAAAGCGAGGAUGGAGGCUCUACCUACCUUCUUACCCUUGGAAGAAGGCACUUCAGCGUACCAAUGCCCAAGUCCGCCAUGAUCGUGGCGGCUUGACAGCUGGUUUCUAUUUCCAGAGCCAGAAUCAACUUGCUAGAACCAUGCAAGGGAUGGCAAAUGUAUACAAACCACUUCCUCGAGGCCCACAACAGCAUAGGCACCACGAUGAAAAGGAGGAAAGCCAACCAGUCAAGAGGACUGAUACGAUUGGAAAGUAUGAGGAAGAGAAGGAAGAGUCUAAGAAGUCUAAGAAGAAACUAUUUAGAUACAGGUUAUGGGAGCUUCUCCAUAGACUUCAAGGAUUUGAAACAAGAUUUGCACUCAAAGUUGCUAUAACCACGUCUCUGCUGUCAGUUCCUGCUUGGCUUGAGCAGAGUAGGGGGUGGUGGAAUCAGAAUGAGAGUUGGUGGGCUGUAGUUGUCGUGUGGGUAAUGUCUCAUCCACGAGUUGGAGGCAACAUCCAAGAUCUCGUCACCCGCUGCCUAUGCUGCAUCCUCGGUGCAGUAUGGGGAGGGCUAGCUUACGGGGCAAACGACGGCAAUCCCUACGUGAUGGCCGUCUUCGCAGCUAUAUACAUGCUACCCAUGAUCUAUCGUUUCACACAAAGUUCGCAUCCUCGUUCCGGAAUCGUAGGCUGUGUUUCCUUCACGGUUGUCUCACUCAGCGCCAAAGCCAAUGACGGUUUACCUUCAAUCGUCCACAUGGCCUGGACUCGUGGCUUGGCUUUCGUCAUAGGCGUUGUUGCUGCGGUGGUUGUUAAUUGGGUGUUAUGGCCAUUUGUGGCAAGGCAUGAGUUGAGAAAAGCUUUGGCUGCCAUGAUGAUAUAUUCUAGUAUCAUCUAUCGUGGUGUGGUAGCCAAGUAUGUCUACUUUGAGAAGGGCGAGGAACCUACGACAGAAGACAUAGCAAGAUCUGAAAUGCUUGAAGGUCGCCUCCGCGAGGGCUUCGUCCGUAUCAGACAGCUCAUGGCUCUAACACGCCACGAAAUCCGUCUCCGCGGCCCCUUCAACCCUCUGCCCUACUCGGCACUAAUCGACGGCUGUGAGCGCUUCUUCGAGUACCUCGUUUCCGUCCGGCAAUCCUCGCUCUUCUUCCACCCACAUUACAUGUCCGACGACGAGCAAGCAGUCGAAAGCCUGCUUACGUAUCGGAGAGAUGCCGUGGCUGCGAUUUUGAUGAAUCUAUAUCUGCUUGCUGGUGCUUUGAGAGGUGAUCAGAAAGUGCCUCGCUAUCUUCCCAACGCAGCCGCUGCAAGGAAACGCCUCCUCUCACAUAUGGCCGAACUCGAAGCUCUCCAGGCCACAAAUACCACUACCUUGAAUCCAGCCACUAAUAGGGAGAACACCGAUCUGAAAGUCGACACCCUCGAGCGCGAAAGCAGGAAAUGGUCUCAGAUAUACAGCUAUUCGUAUAGUCAGAGCUUGACAGGAUGUGUACAGCAACUAGAACAGCUGCAGAAGUAUACUAAGGAGAUUGUGGGGGAGAGAGGCUUCAAUCCCAUCGACGCAGAUCUGUACGAAGAUAUCACGCACCCACAUUGAUGAAGGAAACCCAUUGUUUGUACAUGUACUUCAUCGAAUCGAGUCUUUAAUUCAGUCUCAUCGACUUUGUAUAUAUAUCUAUCCAUCCAUACCCGGUAGCCUACUUUAUCUCCAGUAUUGGCAGCCUCAAACAGACUCAGAGCUGCUCUUUCUAUCCUAGCUAUAUUCAAAAAGCCAAUUAAUAAGUGUAUACCCAGAACGCCUCGCUCAAUACCCAAUCGCCAUACUCCAAACAAACUACCCGAACCCAUCUUAUCCUAUGCAUACCCAUUUUUCACUGCUGGUACU